GCAAAAAAGUCCUUUUCUAAGCUUUAUUUUCGAAGGGGGUAGAGAAUUCCGUUUUGUUUUAAAGAAAACAAGUUAAGUUUUAUGUAAACAUGCACCAAAAUUUGAGCAUUAUCAUAAAUCCACCCAUAAUGUGGCCAUCUGUGAGCUUUGCUCUCCAAACUCUUCUCGUUUUGACUCUCAUACACACAUCUCUCAGUGAUCUCUAAGUUUGUGAAUACGCUUUUUGUUUUUUUUUUCCAUUAGAAGCACUCCAAAAUGAAUAUCUUUUUUUUCCACGAAGCAUCAAAAUGAGAUGUAAGCUGAUGCUGAAGUGCAAAUAGUUUUAAACUGCCAAAAUACACCAAAAUACAUUUCAGUAUUACUCUAUAAGAGGCUAAUGACCCGGAGGUCUCACCCACAGGCUUGCUCAUGCGUUUAGAAAUAAGGUGGAUAAAGGAAUAAACGGAUUCCAUGGAAGGUUCUUAAUGCAAUCAUCGAUGCAAAUAAAGAAAGUUUAUCUUUAAAAAUAAACAAUAACACCAGACCAACAGUGAAUGUUCUUUUAAAGAGCGUUGUGGAAACUAAUAUUCUUAAUUUUGCAGCCGGAGAUGUAUUCGAAUGAGUAUCUGAAAGAUCCUGGCGCUCCGACGGACCAGUGAAAAGAUGGGAGAAGACAACAGAAGCACCUCCGCUGGGACAUGGACUCUCAUCCAGCCGUCGGGAAGCCCGCAUGAGCUCCUGGCCAAUUACGACAUCCCUCUGGAUUACGAGGUUCCAGCGGAUGAGAUCCCAGACACCACUCAGGGACCAGCGUUCUUCGUGGCUACAAUCGUCAUCGCGGCGGUCCUGGUUUGCAUCAUGCUAGUCUGCGGCGUUGGGAAUUGCCUCUUUAUAGCCUCAUUGGCACGCUACAAAAAACUAAGGAAUCUCACCAAUUUACUCAUCGCCAACUUGGCAAUAUCAGACUUCCUGGUGGCCACUGUGUGCUGUCCCUUUCUGGUGGAUUAUUACGUGGUCAAGCGGCUGUCGUGGGAUCAUGGGAUUGUGCUUUGCGUCUCCAUUAACUACCUUAGGACUGUGUCUCUCUACGUGUCCACCAAUGCCCUGCUAGCCAUCGCUGUGGACAGGUACAUGGCUAUCGUUCAUCCCCUGAAGCCCCGGAUGAAGUAUCAAACAGCGUACUGGAUUAUUUUCGGCGUUUGGAUAAUCCCAGUCCUCAUCGCGGUACCAUCGGCUUACUUCGCGACAGUGCAUGAAUACCCGCACAGCGCACUGGGCCACGACAAAAAGAUCUUCUGCGCCCAGAUCUGGUCUGCAGACCAGCAGCUCAUGUACCGCUCCUACUUCCUCUUCAUCUUCAUCGUGGAGUUCCUGGGGCCCGUGCUCACCAUGUCAGUCUGUUACGCGCGCAUCUCCAGGGAGCUGUGGUUCAAGAACGUCCCGGGGUUUCCGACGGAGCAGCUGCGCAAGCGGCUACGGCGGCGGCGCAGGACGGUGGUGGCGCUGAUCGCGGUUCUGGCGGCGUACGUGAUGUGCUGGGCGCCGUACUACAGUUUCACGCUGCUGCGCGAUUUCUACCCGGCGCUGAUCACGCGCGGCCGAAACUCGCUGGUCGUUUUCUACGUCAUCGAGUGCAUCGCCAUGAGCAACGGGGUCAUUAACACUCUGUGUUUUGUGAGCGUUAGGAACAAUGCUGCUAAGUGUUUCAGAGCCGUCAAACUCGCUAACUGCCGCUCGCUAACUAGAGCAUUCGUCGGCAAGAUGGCGGAAGAUGAUAUUAGGACUUCUUCCUUGCGAGUGACCGAGGAUGUGGAAUGCACACGAAUAAAGUGAAUCGACGAGACAAGGACGACUUCAUGAGGGGCAAAGAAAGAGGAAUCAAGAACAACAGAAUUUCCUUCAGGUUCACAUCAUGUAACGGAGGAGGACCAACCGUAUGGUUCAGCCAAGAGUUGUGUGAAAUGAAAGCAAAGAAAUAAGAUGUAAAUGCUGCCAGAGAGAUUAUAGAUUUAUGUCACAUCCAAUGCAGUGAUCACUUCCCAACUGAUUAGGACUAACAUUGCUUCGAAAGCCUCCUGACAUCAACACGCAUUUUCAGAGAUCUGUCUAGUUUUCCUGGAGGUUACAGACCAGAAAUGACGCCGGCGGUCGAAACCUUAAGUUAACAGACAUUAACAUAAGUGCCAGAUGAAAGGCCUAGGGUCGCACUUUAGUUUGGGGACCGGCGCUAACUAUGACUUCUGCCUCAACAAACUCCUAAUUUGCUGCUAAUAAAUAGUUAGUAUAAGGUAGUUGUUAAGUUUAGGUACAGGGUCGGAUCAGGGAAAUCUAAAAUAGGGUUCCACAGUAUAAGGCAUUAAAAAUGUGCUUCAUAAGUACAGCCAAUAUGCUAGUAAUAUGCAUGCUAAAAGGCGACUAGUUAAGUUGCCACCUCCUAGUGAAAAACAAAAACACUAACUUUUAUUCAUACGAAACACUAGAGUCAUGUUAUCAAUAAUAAAGAGUUUUUGGCCGACACGAUUGCAAAAUGCUUUUAUCGUAGUGCAUGAUUCGCGAACUAAUAUAUUUUGAUGUUUGAAUCACGUAACCGGCUCCAUAUUACUAACCUGCUUGCUAUGCCCUUAAGAGGCUAGUUCAACAAGUCACAGCAAAAGAGCUCAAAUACUAACAGAAGUAGGCUGACAUUACACGGUUGCUUUAGAAGUUGCAAUUUUAUCUCGCGUUUGCUUUUGUUUACACCUUCAUUUAGGUUAGGUGUGUAAUGUUAAGUCUAGGGUUUAGGGUUUAGUUCCUCGAUUUGAGAAAUGAUAGCCUGUAAAAAACAUUGGCAGACUUGCAUCUGGUGGAGAUAAAAUUUAACAGACUGUUAACGCCUCUCACUCGAUAUUCCGCUUUGAACGCGUCGUGAAAUGUGCAAGACGUAUAAUUUCGAAGAGACCGAUUUCGGAUGAGCAUGGGUCGCUAUCGAUGGUGGCCAUUCACGUUGUGUACUUCGGCACAGUUUAAAUAAAGCAUUUCUGAUGCAAACAAACAGUUUUCAGCUGUGACAACCUCAAAAACACAGCUUUUAUUAAUGUUUCUGUUCUGUCAUUUAAUGGAGAAGUAUUCAUACGAGAAUGAGUGUUUUUUUAAAGGGGGUUAAAUGUACAUUUCUCAUCAUGUUAUAUUUGGUUGUAUGAAUUUCAUUGUUCGUUUAGAGCCCAAAGAGAAAUGCUAUAAUGGAUAACAGCCACAUCUGGAGUCAGUCUGGAACAACACCCUGGAUGCAAAAGCUAUACAAAGUAAAAAGCUACCCGAACAUCUGCCUACUGGUUUUCUCUAGAUCAGAGGAACAUUUUGAAGACUUGAAGGGUAAAUCAGAGGUUCAUUUAAAAACAUUCUGGCAACUUAAAAGAAAAAAGUAAAGGAAGGAACAUUUUUCUUGUGUUCAAUUGAUAUACAUAUUGGUUAAAAGAUGCGGUUUUGUGCCAAAAAGACUGUUUCCAUACAAUGCCGUCACUGUUGAUCCCAUUUAAGACUUUCCGAGUCAUUUAACGCACCGAGCAAACAGAGAAACGUGAGUGGGUGGCUUGGGAGAUAUAAAAGUGAACGAAAUCACAGUAAGCCGCAAAAAAGACUUCAUUAGAAAGCCCAUGGGUCCCCUCGCAUGUCAUUAACAGGGAAUUAUCACCCUGUUCCUGAAUCUGAAACACAUAUUUUUUUAUCAAUAUAUCAAUCACUGACUAACCGCUAAAAUCUAAUUAAACACAUUGACUAUUUUAGCCAAUAGUGUUGUGUCAAUAAUGCCAAACAUUUUCAAAGUCAGUGAUUAUCGUGAUUAGCAUUUAUUUGUAUGUGGAAAUAAAUGAAAACACAGUUAAAAAAACACCACAGGUUGCCAGAGUUUUACUGUACCGAAAUAUGGUAGCACAAUUUUUACACACAUUUUACAUAAUUUACACUUUGGCAAAUAUUUUUAGAGCUGAAAUAGAGUUCAUAUGCCAGAUUACUAAGGAAUUUUGCUAGAAUUUUACUGUAAAAAUAUGGUAGCACAAUGUUUUACGGAGUAAACUAAAACUUGGAGUUAAAUAUGCCAAUACUAAAGAAACAAACACAUUUACAUUUAAAAAAAUACAGCUACGGUUGCCGGGAAUUUUACUGUAAAAUGUUGUAGCACAAUUUUUACAGUAGCACUUAAAUUUACAGUUUACAGAAAUAGCCGAAAUAGUGUUAAUAUGCCAGUUUACUUUACCUUUAACUUUUACAACAUACUGGCAUUGUAUAGGAAAGAAACAGUGAUUAAAAAAUUCCACUGUAAAUUAUAAUAGGACUUGUAAUUUUACAGUAAAAUACUGCUAAAUGUACAGGUUUAGGGUGUGAAAAAUAGCAGGAAAAGUCCUAUUGAUUUUUGUUUUCAGUACAGUUUUACACUGAAUCAGUUCAGAUCAAUGUUUUUUGGGGGGCUUGGUACUAAUAUGCAAUGUUUUGGGGUAAACGAAAAGACCUUUUUAAAAGAUACCAUCACAGUGGCAGCUUUUGUACCUUUUUCUUCUACGAACGUACAGUCUCAAUGCUUCUUAAGACAGCCGUCUAUGUAGACAGCCAACCGUUUUAUGAAAAGGACGUUGAGCCUCAAUGCUGAAACAUAAUGGCAAGAGCAAAUCAUUUCCAAAACCAUAAUCGCCGCAUCCCGUUUAAUACAACCGCUUGCACGAGAAUUGAAUUACAAACGCGUUAGACGCAGAUUUGUUCUGCUCGACUGUCAGCGAACGCAGGGUCAGUGUCGCAGAACCGUAAAAUUUAACAACACAACCUAUGAUAUGUAGGGAACAUCAUGUAACGAAAAACGCCGCGUUUACAGGCAUACAACAUUCACAACUGACGUUAAUGCUUUAUCAUUGUACUGAGCGUAUGAGAAAAACAGACGAAUCGGUUUUGGCCAUUCCCGCUCUCCAAGCUGGAAUAGAGGUAUGGCUCUCGGCACAAAAAGAUAACCUCCUAAAUCUCGUAAAGGGCUAAAUGCUAGAAACAGAAAGAACCUCUGUUUAUCUCCUCUCUCCAGGAGACUACGCUCCAUGCUGAUUUAUAAGCACGGGUUUACGGGGCAGACCCUUCAAAAGCAUUAAAAGCUGCUGAUUUAUGGAGUUGCAUAUAUACUCCUUCAGAGCUCGAGGUCAAUAAGUUUUUUUUUUUUUUAAAAAUAGCCCACUUUUAGCACUAAAUUGAUCGGAGUGACAAUAAAGGCAUUUAUUUAACUUUCUAUUUAUAUCAAAAAGCCUGAGAAAAUAUUUCAAAGCAACUGUAUUCAGCCUUGAUAUGAAGUAUGAAUAUUAGAAUGAUUUCUGAAGGAUCAUGAAAUAAUAACGAAAAAAUUCAGCUUU